UUAACAUCUUUUUUUUUCCGACACAAAACCCCACUCAUUCUUCUUCUUCUACGAAACCCCAAAACCCUCAUUAAUUCUUCUCUCCUGCCAUCAGAUGGCCGCAAGAUCUCUCAUUUACAGCCGUCCGAUCUCAAGACCAUCUGAUCGAAGCUCCGAUCCGCUUCAUAUCACCCGCUCCCUAUCAUUUUCCACGAUCACAUUAGAUCGCUCCAUGUAAAUAUCGAAGUUUGCUUUGAACGACGGUCCAAAACUGCUUAGAUCUGAGCCGUCCGUUUCCGGAGCGUUGGCCAUGUCCGAUUCCUCGUAUUCAAUCGGCGUCUUUGGCUCUCGAGUAGGAGUGUUUCUGAGGUUGGGAAAUUUUGAAGAAUUUUUAGGAAUGCUGAAAAGGAUCCAAAUAAUAUUGCUGAGCUAUUUGUUGGUGUCAUCUUACUCGGCAGCUGUUUUUGUCGACGUGGAACUGUCCCACCAUAUAUCGGAAUCUCCUGCGGUGGCCCCAUCUCUUGCCCCACCAGGCGGAGGGAGUCAUGUUGAUUCCAGAAUCACGCCUACCAGAACCAUCCUUCCACUCCCUGUGAUUAUUCCUUUGAUUCAUAGACCAUAUAGGAAGCAUUUCUCACCACAUGCUGCGCCUUCACCCGUGCCAGUGCCGGCCCCCUCCCCACAUUAUGGAUCAUUAAGGACAUUUGGUCACCCCUCAUCGAGUUCAUCACAUUUGUCGAAACCAUCAAUGAAGCGGAACCAAAAUCUUGCCCCCAAUUCAGGACAUAUACCUCCAGCAAUUCUUUCUGGUAUAGCCCCACCUCCAUUGGUUCAUGCCGUCCCUGAUUGUUGUGGACCAGGCAUGGUACAGAGACGAGGAAGCCGAGUUUGUCACUGUGUGUAUCCAAUAAAGCUUGAGCUUCUUCUUCUGAAUGCAUCAUUUAAUUCGAAUUGGAGCACUGAGUUUCUUGGAGAAUUAGCUUCUCAGCUUAGAUUGAGAGUUUCUCAGUUUGAGAUCACAAAUUUCUAUUUGGUUGGCCUAUCCAGUUUGAAUAUUACAAUGGAUAUUGCUCCACAUAUUGGGAUAAGUUUCUCUUCCAGUGAUGUGUACACAAUGAAUUCUUCACUUUCUAAGCAUAAAGUUCACCUAGACACUAUGUUGGUGGGGGACUACAAACUUCUUAAUUUUACAUGGUUUAAGCCACCAGCUCCUUCUCCUGCUCCAGCCUUCAUUUUGUCACCAACAUCUACCCCGCCUGAUCUUCUCUCUAUACCUCCAACAUCCAGGAAUACAAACAAAGGGAAACGUCACAGUUUGAUCCUUAUUCUUGGUAUCGGCAUUGGUAUUCUGAUCAUUGUUAUUAUUUCUGUGGUAAUUAUUUAUUUGUGCAUGUCUGGUCAAGUAAAGAAGAAAGCAACAGCAAAAGAAACUGUGAAGGAAAGGACUAUAAAUGCUGUUUCUGUGGAUGGGUCCCUUCGUCACCCCACUAGCACACGGUUUCUUUCAUAUGAAGAGCUUCGAGAAGCAACAAACAACUUCGAAACUGCAAGUAUGCUUGGAGAGGGUGGGUUUGGACGGGUCUUUAAGGGUGUGUUAAGUGAUGGCACGCCUGUUGCUAUCAAGAAGCUUACUAGAGGAGGGCACCAAGGGGAUAAAGAGUUCUUGGUUGAGGUUGAGAUGCUGAGCAGGCUGCAUCAUCGCAAUCUCGUGAAACUCGUGGGUUACUACAGUAACCGGGACUCUUCACAGAACCUUCUUUGUUACGAGCUUGUCCCAAACGGAAGCUUAGAGGCCUGGCUCCAUGGCCCCUUGGGAGCAAAUUGCCCUUUGGAUUGGGACACCAGAAUGAAAAUCGCACUCGAUGCCGCCAGAGGACUUGCGUACCUACACGAGGAUUCCCAGCCCUGUGUCAUCCACAGGGAUUUCAAAGCAUCCAAUAUCUUACUCGAGAACGAUUUUCAUGCUAAAGUUGCUGAUUUUGGUCUGGCCAAACUGGCACCUGAAGGCCGGGCAAAUUACCUAUCUACUCGCGUGAUGGGCACAUUUGGGUAUGUGGCCCCUGAGUAUGCCAUGACUGGACACUUACUAGUAAAGAGCGAUGUAUACAGCUAUGGGGUUGUUCUCCUUGAGUUGUUGACAGGAAGGAAGCCUGUGGAUAUGUCACAGCCUUCAGGCCAGGAGAAUCUCGUGACUUGGGCUCGACCAAUUCUUCGAGACAAGGAUCGGCUAGAAGAGCUUGCAGAUCCAAAGCUUGGGUGUAAGUACCCGAAGGAUGACUUUGUACGUGUGUGCACGAUUGCAGCAGCUUGUGUGGCACUCGAGGCAAGCCAGCGGCCAACGAUGGGAGAAGUAGUGCAGUCUCUUAAAAUGGUGCAGCGUGUAACAGAAUUUCAAGAUUCCUCCUCCACCCGGCCCAAUCUCAGGCAAUCUUCAACUACAUAUGAAUCUGAUGGAACUUCAUCGAUGUUCUCUUCAGGCCCGUUUUCAGGUCUGAGCACCGCCUUUGAUAAUGAAAACAUUUCUCGGACAGCAGUUUUCUCAGAAGAUCUUCACGAAGGACGGUGAGAUUGCGAUUGUCGGAAUGAGAACAUGCGAUGAUGAGGGUGGGAUUGGAUGUGGAUGGCCUGGAGUAUUGGUCUGGAGAUGGAUUUUUUUAAAAAAAAAUAUAAUUUUGUAGGGAAUUGCUUGAUUUUCCCAUGCAUUUGGUGAUUCUCUACAGGUGAUCUUGUAUAUUCCAUGUUUCCUUCUAUUUCUCCCCCUUUUCUUUUCA